AAGUCAUCACCAGUGUCAUUUUUGUGUUGAGUGUUCAUAUUUGUCAAUACUUGAGAAGGAAAAAAAAAAAAAAAAAAAAGGACAAAACAAAAUACAGUAUCUUGUUUUUCCAGUGGUUAUUAUUCCCCCUAUAAUAUUUUAGAGCCACACACAAAUAAAAAAUUAGAAUCAAUUAAAUACACUAAAAUCAAAUUUCCCUCAAAAUUCAACAACCUAAACCCGCGUGCCACUAGCUACACACAAGAAUUUAUUUCUUGGUAUUCUUGAUUUCCUCAUUGUAUUUGUCGAUUUGUACCUGAAACUAUCAAUUUUGAGCAGAAAUAUGGCUUCCUCACAAUCUCUGCAAUCUCUAACAGUUUCUCGCUUACACAAAUCUUCAAGCCCAGUUCGAUUUUCUUCCCUCCCUUCUUCUUCCUCCUCUCUCUCCUUUCGGUUUUCCCCUUCAUUUCUCAACCGCAAGAGACCCCUUUUGUCAAUUAGGUCUGCGUCUGUGGAAGCUCCAUCAGCAGCUGGGGGUCUAGCACCUGCUAUCGCUUUGACGGACAAUGCAUUGACGCACUUAAAUAAAAUGAGAUCCGAGCGAAAUGAAGAUCUUUGCCUUAGGAUUGGUGUCAAACAAGGUGGAUGCUCUGGUAUGUCUUACACUAUGGAGUUUGAGAGCAAAGCAAAUACCAGACCUGAUGAUUCGGUCAUGGAAUAUAAUGGUUUCAAUAUAGUUUGUGAUCCCAAAAGCCUUCUCUUUCUAUAUGGUAUGCAACUAGACUACAGCGAUGCACUCAUCGGGGGAGGUUUUAACUUCAAGAAUCCGAAUGCUACUCAAACGUGCGGUUGUGGUAAAUCAUUUGCUGCGGAGAUGUAGUUUUUCUGGUUGCGCGGCAAUUGAAUGGAAUAUACAACAUGUAUACUUCACCAUAGCAAAGACAUUGUACUUGGAAAUCUUCAUGUUGGUAUCGUAUAGUGUUUGAUCUAAA